AUGUACAACGCGACAACACAGAUGUUUAGCGUGAUGCAGCUACUUCUCCGGUUGCCUGGCGACUACUGGUCCCAGUGGGCCUGCCCUAACGAGCCUGGCUCGCCGCUCACCACGACCAUGACGAGACCGCGAGGAUUUUUCUUCUCACCCGCUGAUACAGGUAUAUCAAGAAAGAAGAGAAAACUACUUUCAGUGACAUAA